AUUACACCCCAUCAUGGAGUUUCCUGUGAGUGGUCACAAGAAUGUUGUCUGCACUAGACCACAUUUUAAGAAGUGCAAACCACAUGCAGAGCACACAUCUUGAAUAAAUCUUGAACAAGAACCAGGUCUUGCAUUGAAAUCUUCUAUUGUAACAGUUGAAAUUGUUAUCGUACAUCUCUAUACGGCCAGCUAGCAAAGUGGAAAUCGGUCUGUUAUUAUUGCAAGUAACGUAUCGAGUGAACUUUUUGUUUGUUAUACUGGACCAAAUGCUCUACUGAAAUUAGCUAUAGUCUGGUAUGGAAGCACAAGAAACACUGAGCGAGUUUGUUGAAGGUUUACAGGAAGCUUACAGAGAGAGGCAAUUAAACACGGAGGAACAAUGGCCACCUGUUAGGGGAGACAAGUUGAUUAACUUGCAGUUAGUAGAGGCUGUAAAAGAAGAGGGAUUUAGAGCUGGGUUGCCACAACCUGGCGCACCUAAUGAAAAGGUCAAACGUACUCCAAUUCUCCAUGAAAACUUGUUUAAAAUCAAAGAAGGCAAGAAACCAGAGAAAAAACUUAUCGUGGAAGGCAAUGCUGGGAUUGGUAAAACUACACUAUGUACCAUGCUUGCUGAAGGGUGGGCCGAGGGCAAAAUCCUGACACAAUUCGACUGUCUCCUGUUGCUUCCACUAAGAGAUCAGUUAGUCAGCUCAGCUUCUUCUCUUCCUGACCUCCUGGCCCUUCAUCACCCCGAUGAAAUUAUUUGUGAGUCUGUUGCUCGACAGCUAAAGAGGACAAGAGGGAAAAGGGUGCUUAUCAUAGCUGAUGGCUGGGACGAGCUCAGUAAAACAAACCGUUCAAACGUAUCUUUUCUAUAUAAUCUUUUGUUUGGCCGUCUUCUUCCUUCUGCUUCCAUCCUUCUCACCUCACGACCUUCUGCUUCAGCUCCUCUUCAUGAUCUUCCUUCUGUGGACCGUUUGGUUGAAGUAGUCGGUUUUAAUGAGGAAAAUAUCAAGCAGUACAUAAAAUCAGAGUUUGAUCAAUUCCCAGAGAAAGCUACUUCUCUUAUCGAGCAGCUUGAGAACAACCCAGUCAUUGAGAGUGUGUGUUCUGUGCCCCUCAAUUGCGCCAUUGUUUGCAAUUUGUGGCACACUUUAGAUCGAGAACUUCCUCGUACACUAACUGAGCUGUACACUCAACUUGUUCUUAACAUUGUCCUUCGCAAUAUCAAAAAGAAGUUUCCUGAUUGUCCGAUUGGCCUUAAUAGUUUUGAUGAUAUUCCGAAUGAUCUACAAGACACGUUCUGGUUAAUCUGUGAGUUUGCCUACGAGUGCUUAUUACUAGAUCAGCUGGUUUUCUCAGAAGCUGAAUUGUCCGCUCGCUUACCCGAAGUUGGUGACAAAAUGCAGUGCUUUGGUCUGUUGCAGUCUGCACGAUCGCUUCUACCUGUUGGUCAUGGUUUGUCUUUUCACUUUGCUCACUUGACCAUCCAAGAGUUCUUGGCUGCUCUCCAUCUUGCUACUCUACCCAAUGAAAAGAAACUGAAAGUUUUUGAGGCUAAUGCUGUCAGUGGCCGGUUCGAUAUGGCUUGGAGAUUUAUGUUUGGUCUUGCUAGUAAACACCAUUGUAGUUGUAGUGAUAAGGUAAUCAGUUUGGAAAAAAUCUUAAUGGAUCAAUUUAUAGUGGCUAAAGAGCGUGAUGAUUUGGCUUUAUGUCAUGCAGCUUUCGAAGCUUCAGACUCUGAAUUUGCAAAAAAAGUUUGUUUUUUGCACGUAAAAAAUCUUUUAUUUAGUAAUUUGGACAGUCCCUUUGACUAUAUAGCUAAGUUCUAUGUUCUUCGUCAUGCUGCAAAAUGUGAUAAUAUGGUUAUUAGAAUAGCUGAUUGUGCAAUUAAUGAUAAGUUGUUGAAGGAAUUAACUGACAUACUUUCGAAUGCGAAUGGUACAUUGCAAGUUAGAGAUUUAUCCUUUGAGCAGACUAAGUUGUCUGACAAAGGUAUUGCUGAUUUAUUUCAGAGAGCCUCAGCUGCCUUUACAUCUUUAGGCUUACUUUGGAUGAACGUAAACAACUUCACUGACAUAAUGUCGGCAUAUAUUCACAUAUCUUGUACGAGUCUCACGCAACUGGAUUUAUCUACCAAUCCUCUAGGAGUGUUCGGCAUACAGUCACUGGAGACAGCUGUACGGGCAGGCGUUCUUGUUAACCUUGUGUCACUGUAUUUGUCCGACACCCUCACUGGCGAUGUUGAUAUCAAUGGAGCUCUAUUGACCACUCUCCUACAGUCUAUUUCCUCACACUGUGUUGGACUGGAAUCUUUAGACUUAUCUGAUAACAAUCUUGGUAUACCUGGAUUAUGUUCAGUUGUUGAGAACAUUUCGUUAGUGUUGGAUGAGAUCGUAUUAAGAGCUACCUAUCAGAGUACCUCUGAGUCUCAACACAUAGUAUCUUAUGAGAUGUCGAAUUUUCCCUCAAACAAUUUAAAAAUUAUUGAAUUUACAAGCUCCAAUUUCAGUGGAGCUGUGGGAACUCUUUUUCUGGCAAAAUGUCUUCAAGCAUUUCCAUUACUGCAACGUUUAACUUGCUCUGACUGUUCUCUUACCUCGGCUGACAUUGUAAUGCUUAUCCACAAUCUCGAGUCUGCUAACGUGAUAUGUAAGAAUUUAUAUUUGGUGGAUCUCAGCAACAACUGCAUUAAUGAUGAGGGAGCGAUAGCUCUCAUUGAGUGUAUACCAGAGCGAUUUCCAAGCUUGAAGCGCUCCAGUACUAGUGUUGUUCAUGGUCUCGUGUGUGCCGUUCUUCUCCGUAGAAAUCCUGUGAAUAAAGAGUUAUUAUUCAUGUACAACGAAAAAUGGAAGGUCAUUGAGGAAUCACGGAAAAUCACAGUGCUAAAUGAAUGGGAGAGAACAUAUUUACCCCCACAAAAUGAAGAGAUGACCCGUCUUUUCUAUAAGCUUUGGGAUGUGCUUCUGUCAGAGAUGAUUCGCACGGCUAAUCUAGUUAUCAUUGCUCCAGCUUUUUCUAAGAAUGAUGAUAUGCUUUUUUGGCCAUCCACUGACAAGCCUGGAGAAUACCAUCCAACAGACGAUGCACUGGACACUCUUAGCAAUGAUGGUAUAGAUAUAUUUAUUCCAGAGAGCUCUCCUCAAGCAACAGAAACACCUAGUGAUGAGGGUACGUGUUGUAGUGUACAGUCGACUCAAACAACAGAGCGAGAGGAAAAGGAAACAGCCUCUGUUGUAUCAGUUGCUGACUCUAGUUGUGAAAGAGUUGCACCUGCUUCCCUCCCAACUCCAUUCCCAAAAUCAAGUUCAGUUCCUCCAGAGUUGACUCUCAGUGUUCUGGACAAGGAGCUCAAGACACUCACAAAACCGAUACAGUUUGGGGUCAGUUUAGGCAUUUUUCAACACCGACUGGAGAUUAUACAGCAGGACAAUCGAUUUGAUACUGAAAGUCAGAAGAUUGCCCUAUUCCAGUUUAUUGCAAAAAACUACAAGAGUCUAGAAAUAAGUUGGAGCAUUAUUGCUGAUGCUCUUCGUGACAUUGAUUAUAUGGACUUAUCAUCAGCUGUUAGGGGGAAAUACUGCACCAGUACUUGUUCAUUCCUAGCAUAGAUUACAGACUGUCUGCUGUCAGUCAUUCAUGCAUGUCUGUAUUGUUGACAAAGAGUUGUAAUGCAAAUGACAUGACAUGACAAUUAUAAUUAUGUAUCAAUCUUGAUUUUAACUGGUUCUAUAGUUCA